UACUAGAUGAAGAAAAUCUGUCGAUGUUUUUAGAACGAAAUGUUUUAAAUCAUUACUAUGUCUUAUCAUAUUAUUUAUUUUAUGUUUAUCACAUAAAAAUUGUUAUGCGAUAAACAAAAUAUCCUUUCAAAUACUCUUAUUUUAAACCUAUUCAAACAUUCAGGAUUUAAAGAUUUCUGACAUAUAAAAAUGUUUUAAUGAAUUUUGAGUACAAUUAAUGUCAUCUUUCAUUUUUAUUUGGAGCUAUAAAAGAUUUUAGUUUUCUAUUUAUAUAAAAUGAAUAAAAAUCAAAAUGUUAAUUUCUAGAGAUAAAAACUGUCAUGUUUGCGAAAACAAAAAGCUACGGUAAUGCAUGCAUAUUCUAACAGAUAGGUGACGACUCACAUUAUUAUAUGGAAAAGUAUUAUAACAAAUAUUGACAAGACAGCAAAUGAGUUUCAUUUGUUUAUAAUUAUAUUUAGCUAUACAUUUAUUAUUUUAAAUCUGCAUGUUAAAAAACUGUAUAACCUAUAUCAAUUUUAUUUACAUUGAGAACAUGUAAAUUUAACUUGAAAGGAAUUUUUCAUAAAUAAUUAAUGGAAAGGCAUGUACUUUAUAAAUAUAGUUGUUAAUUUUAAUGGUGUGAUAAUAAAAUAGUAUUUGGAAACAAUGAAUAUACAAAAAAUGCUACCGAUUGCAACAAAAGAUUUAGAAGCUAAGGAUGGUGAUAGCAGAGGCACAAUUAAAGUUAUAGAUCGUCCAACAUUCAUAUUGAAAACGAGAGAAGGCGAGAACAGAGCUGUGUCACCAAAUCAACGCAAUGGUGUUAACAAGAAACAGGGUGAUAUAUCUUCCAACGUUUCAUCAAAGAUACAGGAUCCAAUUCGUACUGUAUUGUCAACAUGUCCUGAAAUGACGAGUUGUGUAAAAUUUAUGGAUGAAAAUAUGCAACUUUGCGAGAGUCCUCUUGAAUUCCUAUAUGAUCAACAAGAUUUUUUAGUUGUAGGAUGCUUAGGGGCUCAAGGUGUUGGAAAAUCAACUAUAAUGUCCUUUCUAACAUCUAAUAUUGCGUCUGGCAUAUUUCCAACUCAAGAUGCGAUGCAUCAUGAAAGUGGUGCAAAUUGCACUGUUGGUAUUGACUUUUUUGUAACAAAAAAUCGAGUAAUAUAUCUGGAUACACAACCCAUACUCUCAGGAUCUACUAUAGAUUAUUCUACAUGUUAUGAUCAGAAAAAGUCUACGACAGAUUUUAUAAAUACAGAAACUAAUUUAGAACUGCAAUCAUUGCAAUUUGCAGCAUUUCUCUUUUCAGUUUGUCACAUUAUCAUAUUUGUACAAGAUUGGUUUGUUGACCCAAAUUUAGUUAGAUUUUUACAAACUGCGGAAAUGUUAAAACCAUCCUCAACUAGCAAUAUGGAUCAAGAUUAUGUUGAAUACUAUCCCCAUAUUGUAUUCUUACACAAUAAAGCUGAAUUACAAGAUCUCACGCCUCACAGUAUGGAAAAUGUGAAAGAAUUUUAUGGCAAAUUAUUCUCCAGUUCUAGAUUACAAAUCCAUAGUGGUUUGGAUAUGAGUAAUCAUUCUAUGGAGAAGAAGUUACAAUAUACCAGAACGAGAAAAAGCUAAUAGAAAAACUAAGAACAAAGAUACAUGGUGUUACCAGGAAUCCAAUGACACCAUCUACCUUAACAGAAAAAGAUUGGUAAAUAUAAGAAAUAAAAGUAAUUCAUUCUUAUUACAUUUUAUAAUAAUCAUUUUAUAAUUAAAUUACUUAGGUACCACUAUGUUUCAAGAGUGAUGGAAGCAAUUAAAAAAAGUCACCUUUCCUCCGAAUAUGGGAGAUUAAUGCCAUAAUCUUUAAGUAUGGAUGGUACAUAUGUGGCGAAUGAAUUGUGUAUGAAGCAAUGUGCGCAGAACUAUAUGAAACAAGAGAUCGAAAUGGAGAUUAUUCAACACAGUGGACCCAUUUUUUAUGUAAAAGGGUCAUCAUUUUUUUUUAUUUAUUUAUAAUACAAUCGCAGAAACGGAAAAGCAACAAUAUGUAAAAGUUGAAUAAAUCAAAGAAAGAUUAGAGCAA